CUUUGACUUCGAGUCAUGAGUAAAGUUAUCAAAAAUGAAGCACGCUCUGUCUCUAGCGGAAAGUGUUGCGAUCGUCGUGUGAAAAUGUGUGCAAGGAGGACAGCAGAGUACGAGGAGGAACUUUGUGGCCCAAAAGAGGAGAAGGAGCCACAACGUCAACUACUGGACGCUGCGUUCAAUCUGCAGCCUCGAAUUGUGCUACACAGAGCAGAGCGGAAAGUGAAAAUGUGUGCAAGGACAGCAGAGUACGAGGAGGAACUUUGUGGCCCAAAAGAGGAGAAGGAGCCACAACGUCAACUACUGGACGCUGCGUUCAAUCUGCAGCCUCGAAUUGUGCUACACAGAGCAGACGUCAGUGAAAAUCUUCAUCCUGAGCGGCAGCAGUCAGUGUCCCCUCACAUCAAAGAGGAAGAGGAGGAUGAAGAGGUUCAACACAUCAAAGAGGAGGAGGAAGAGUUCCUUCACAUUAAAGAGGAAGAACAGGAGGAAAUCAUCAAGGUUCCAUCGACUGGUGUCCCUUUGAAGAGUGAAGAUGAAGGUCGAAGUGAGGAGAGACGAGGGGCGGAGCCACCAAACAGCAACAGCUCAAGUGAUGGAGACCACUGUGGAGGAUCACAAACAGACGGUGAUGAUGAUGUUGAUGAACAGUUGGAAGGUGAUAUGACAUGUCACACUGCCAAUAAAUGCUGGAAAUGUUCUAAAUGUAGGAAAACCUUUGCUUCUAAGAGCAAUUUCAAACGACACAUGAAAAUACACACUGGUGAGAAACCUUUUGCAUGCUCAGUUUGCGGUCAAAGAUUCUCCCGAAAGGGAAGCUUAAAAAUACACACAAGAACGCACACUGGUGAGAAACCUUUUGCCUGCUCAGUUUGUGGUCAAAGAUUCUCCCGAAAGGGAACCUUAAAAAUACACACAAGAACGCACACUGGUGAGAAACCUUUUGCAUGCUCAGUUUGUGGUCAAAGAUUCUCUCACAAGGGACAUUUGACACAUCACGCAAGAACACACACUGGAGAGAAGCCCGUUGCCUGCUCAGGUUGUGGUCAAAGGUUCUCUCAGAAGCAACACUUAAAAAUACACACAAGAACACACACUGGUGAAAAACCUUUUGCAUGCUCAGUUUGUGGGCAAAGAUUCUCUGAAAAGGGAACUUUACUAAAACACACAAGAACCCACACUGGUGAGAAACCUUUUGGAUGCUCAGUUUGUGGUCAAAGAUUCUCCCAAAAGGAAAGCUUAAAAAUACACACUAGAACGCACACUGGUGAGAAACCUUUUGGAUGCUCAGUUUGUGGUCAAAGAUUCACACAGAAGGGAUACUUAAAAAUGCACACAAGAACCCACACUGGUGAGAAACCUUUUGUAUGCUCAGUUUGUGGGAAAGGAUUCCCUCACAAGCGACAUUUGACAGGUCACACAAGAACCCACACUGGUGAGAAACCUUUUUCCUGCUCAGUUUGUGGUCAAAGGUUCUCUGUGAAGAGUAACUUAAAAAUACACACAAGAACACACGCCGGUGAGAAGCCUUUUGCAUGCUCAGUUUGUGGUCAAAGAUUCUCCCAAAAGGAAAGCUUAAAAAUACACACUAGAACGCACACUGGUGAGAAACCUUUUGCAUGCUCAGUUUGUGGUCAAAGAUUCUCCCAAAAGGGAACCUUAAAAAUACACACUAGAAUGCACACUGGUGAGAAACCUUUUGCCUGCUCAGUUUGUGGUCAAAGAUUCUCCCAAAAGGGAAGUUUAAUAACACACACAAGAACACACACUGGUGAGAAGCCUUUUGGAUGCUCAGUUUGUGGUCAAAGAUUCACGCAGAAGGGAUACUUAAAAAUGCACACAAGUACACACACUGGUGAGAAACCUUUUUCCUGCUCAGGUUGUGGUCAAAGAUUCUCUCGUAAGGCUCGGGUUAAGACACACAAGUGUCCUGGUGAGACAAGCAGUGAUCAAGAAGCUUUUAAUGCAAAUGUAAAUGUUUAAUAUAAAAGUAAUUACUAUGUUACUGACAGAAAUCGACAUGCUUGUAUUCUGUGUACCAGCUUUUAUUGUAUGUAUCUUCUUCUUGUCCAUAUAGUUUCUGAAAGCCCCGUGAGUGUUGAGAAUGAACACUGUUGCCAAAAUACUUAAAAGGGACGAGUUAAAGGUGGUGGGAAAGAGGGCGGCUGUGGAUCAGUAGAGCGGGUCGUCCAGUGACCGAAGGGUCGCCGGUUCGAACCCUGGCUCCGACUGUCCGUAUGUGGAAGUGUCCUUGGGCAAGACACCGAACCCUAAUUUGCUCCCAGUGAGCCUGGCAGCGCCUUGCACGGCAGCAGCCGCCCAGUGGUCUAUGAAUAUGUGAGUGAAUGUGAGGCUUAAUAGAGCGCUUUGGGCACUGUGAACAUUAUGUCUGGGAAAAACCCUCCUAUUUUCAAAUAAAUGCAGGAGCGACGGGAGAGAUUGGUUAGAGCGUGUUGAGAGGCUGUGAUCUGAACAAUCUCCCA